CCAAACCUUAAGCUGGCUCUCUUCAUAUACAAUUUCUUCUACCUCCAAGCUAAAGCUUCCAACAACUAAUUAUAUAUUAGCAUUACGAUCAAAUAUACAUAUAGUGCCUGCAAAGAUGGAAAAGGUGAUGGAGUUGGGUGCAGAAAGUCCAGUGGUGAUAUUUAGCAAGAGCAGUUGCUGCAUUUCUCACAGCAUCGAAACCCUAAUUCGGGGUUUCGGGGCAAACCCUAGCGUGUACAAGCUAGAUGAGCAAGCGGAGGGAGCCCAGAUGGAGAAGGCAUUGGUGGAAAUGGGGUGCAGCCCCGGCGGUGUUCCGGCGGUGUUCAUCGGAAAACACUUCGUCGGCGGUUCUAAUGAGAUCAUGAGCUUGAGUGUUAAGGGUAAGCUCAAAAAGAUGCUUAUAGAUGCCAAUGCUAUUUGGGUCUAGAUCUGAUACUCUUCAACCAACUCGAUUUAUAUCUAUAAUUUACAAUAUUCUAUAGAUAUUUUGUAAAAUUGUACCUUAUGUUUUACCAGAAAUUAUAUAUAAGAGUACAAUUUACAAAAUAUAGGCAUUAUUGAAAAUCAAGACAUUGUAAAAUUUUUAUUAUUAGUAUAUAUAGGCAUAUAUUGUAGUGCUAUAUAUAUAUAUAUAUAUAUAUAUAUGACCAUGGUGUAAGCAUGCAGCAGCUAAAUAGCUGUACCAUGCAUACACGUCUUAUUUCCGCAUGAGUGUAUCUUUAAUUAUCUGUACUAUUUUCUUUUUACUACAA